UGUAGGAAAGUGGCAGAAAAGAAUCGGCUCUUUUGCCCCGCCCAUUAGAGCUCUGGUUGGUUCAGCGCACCGGCGGCGGCUCUCCUGGUUGGUGGGGGAAGUCUGCCUGUCACGGCCGUCUCCAUAGGCUGGGGGAGAGUGAGAGGUGCUCAUGUAAAUGCAGCUGAGACUUCAAUGCACUUACUGGGCCACAUUCGACCAUCAAGGCAUCACACGCAACUUUUUACAAAGUCCCUUGAAGCAUCCUCUUCUGCCACAUUUUCUUCCUUUGGUGCUAGCAAAGGAUCAGGCCCAAUGCUAAACAGGAAACUGGGCUGCCAAGGAUUUGGGGCGUCUGUGGCAGCAAUGACAUCCUUCCCUCCACAGAGAUACCACUACUUUCUUGUGUUGGACUUUGAAGCAACCUGUGACAAACCCCAGAUCCAUCCUCAGGAAAUAAUUGAAUUCCCUAUUUUGAAGUUAAAUGGCAGAACAAUGGAGAUAGAAUCAACUUUUCAUACAUAUGUUCAACCCGUUGUGCACCCACAGCUCACUCCAUUUUGUACUGAGCUGACUGGAAUUAUCCAAGAUAUGGUAGAUGGACAGCCAACUCUAAGUCAAGUUCUUGAGAGAGUCGACGAGUGGAUGGCCAAAGAGGGCCUUUUAGAUCCAAGUGUCAAGUCCAUCUUUGUUACUUGUGGAGACUGGGAUUUGAAACUUAUGCUGCCAGGACAGUGUGAAUAUUUAGGACUGCAGGUUGCAGAUUACUUCAAGCAGUGGAUUAAUCUGAAAAAGGCUUACAGCUUUGCUAUUGGAACUUGGCCCAAGAAUGGCCUCCUAGACAUGAACAAGGGUAUGAGUCUUCAGCACAUAGGGAGGCCCCACAGUGGAAUAGAUGACUGCAGGAACAUUGCUAACAUCAUGAAGACACUCGCUCAUCGAGGCUUCAUCUUCAAGCAGACCUCCAGGCGCAUUUGAUAUAGUUACGGGACGGCUGUGGGGUGGGAGUGGGGCAGGAGGCUGCAUGUAGCGCUUCCCUUACCGUGUGCUCACAUGACAGGACAUACAGGACUCAAGGUGGAGUGGAACCGCAGCUUGUUACGGACUGAGCAUUGGUGUAAGAAAAGAACCAAUGCUGGAAAUCUGUUACAUACCUGUAUAUAUAUGUCUCGUACAACUCCAGCUAUCUCUGUGUAUAUCUGUUAAACAAUAUGCCAUUGCAAUUCCAACCCAUCCCACAUGCAUUUUUAACUCAGUUUACCCACUUUGGGUAUGAAGGCCUCGCGAGAGAACAGCCUAUCAAACAAAGUUAACGCAUGGCUAUAGAUUUUCUGAACAGGUUCUUCUUGUCUAUGGUGUGUGAUGGAGAUCCUGGUAGAAACUUCCAUAUGAACCUUCCUGAAAACAGUAUUUUAAUGGUGUAAUAAUUCACGAAGAAACCCUAAAUACAUGUAGUUAAGAAUGUUCUAUAAGUGUGUAGGGACAAACUCCCUUUGCAUUCAUAGAGGUUUAUAGGAAAGUUUUGGGCUUUGCCCUUUCUACACCCACACUCUGUAUAACAUAACAAAAAUAUUGAUAUCCUGCUUAAAGUUACAGUAUCAAUAUAUCUAGUAUGGUCAAUGCAUAAUUAUAAAUUCUAUGUCGCUAGUGGUGGCAUUGGGCUCAUUGCGGUGCUUUUUGUUUGUUAGAUUUUUUUUUUGUUUUAGGUACUUGUAGUUAGGUUCCCUGCUGACAUGCUCCUAUAGUUUGGUAGUGGUCUUUGGGUUUUUGCUGGAAGGCAUGCUAUUCACUAAUGUCACUCUAUAGUCUUCUAUCUCUCUCUCUCUCUCUGCUCCUAUCAGCUGUUGAUUUAUCCGGUCAGUUAACUUUGUAAGACCUACGUUCCCACUUUCUAUUGGCCUGGUUUCUCAGCAGUGUGUUUUCUCAAUCAGAUUUGUUGGAAUUUGAAAUGUGGUGGUUUUCUGGUACUUUACAGUAGCAGAUUAAAUGCCAAAACAAGCCUUCAGAGUUUGGCAUGCGAUAAAAUAUAUCUGAUAAUGCUGUAUUCAGUAGAACUGUCUGCCUGAACACAGGUUAGCAACUAGAGGUAAAAUGAUAAAUUAGAACUCAAACUGGGGUAUCAUCCAGUUAUUUGAUCUAUAAGGUGUUCCUCUCCUGGAAAGACAGUAUGUGCUACAUCUUAACCAACAGUAGAAUACAUGAAAUGUUUCUUCUAUUAUACGAUCUUGGUUACCACAUUCAAAUUUGCCUAACUUUAUUUGCAUAUACUAUUUAUUAAAUGAAAAUGACAUGCAGUUUGACCCAUGUGUUUCCCAGCCAGUCUCUGCAUUUGAGAAAUGGAAAGGUUGGAUGAGAGACGGUAGACUUUUUUUGUGUUAAGAAAAAGUUUAUAAAAAAAUUACUUUUUAAUUACAAUUCAAACACAAGCACCCAUCACCUCAAUUUUAGCCUAAACCCUUGCAGUAAUAAUCUUUGAUUUAAUUUUGCACUGCCCUUGCCAACUUUUUGGGCAAGAAACUUUUAUCUCCUGAAUCUCUGUGGUUUCUUCCAUUUGUAACACUGUCAGCUGGAAAGCCACAGCUAUUGCUUCUUCUAGAAUUAUCAUUUCUAAAGGUUUGAAUUACAGAUUUAUUCCUUGGGCAUUUAUAUACACUCACACAUAUAUAUAUAUAUGAUGACAUUUUUUUUUCAAACAAAUCUUUUCACAUGUUCUACUGAUUGUAUGAAACAGAUAAUGUCUGAUAUCUGAUUGACAGUCACACUGCCUGAGACUUCUCAGCAAGAGACUGAGUGUAGAUUAUAUUACAGUUUUUUAAGAUUUGUAUUUGUGUACAGAGGUGGCCAGGAGGUAAAGGGGCCCAAUGAGGCCCUAAUUCAUAUAUAAAUUCAAUAAAAUAUUGGAAAAACAAGUCAACCUCAAAACAUUAUGGGGGCCUGAAAAAUGAUUUGCUGUGGGGCCCAGUCUAGUUACGCCACUGUUUGUGUAAUUGUUUUGCCCACAGAGCAGUGCCAGCUCCAGAAAGAAACUCAAAGACCUGUAACCAGAAUUAAGCUGUUUUUGUUUUUUUACUAAAUAAUAAUAUGAUACAUUCAGUAGUCAACAAAAAAGUCUUAGAUUGUUUAAAGAGGAAGAAAAAACUGUGUGUUGCACAAAUAGUCGCAGCUGAGGUCUUUGCAGGAUGAUAUGAGCAAACCUCUGGUAAAGACAGGCUGUGCUUCCUUCUUUGUAAAGUGAUGGGUCGCUAUUCUGUGACGCUCCCAUCCACUCUGAUAAGUCAUGGGGUAAUAACACAAAGGGAAGUCCUAUCAGCAACCUAUGGUAUAUGUGUGCACAUAUGCACGUCUGUCUGUUAGAAAAGCAAUUUUCUAUUUGUGUGUAAAUGAGGCCACUGAGUCUAAAUGCAAACAAAAGCAGAGACUUUAUCCAUGCGGUUGAGAAGUCUCUUAAAGCCCUUUUGCCAGCUAUAACCUCCAUCUGUUACACGUUUAAAAAUAUGAUUUCAAUUUCAUUAUCUCAAAAAUGAACCCAGUCUUAAUGAAACACACACACGAGAAUAUUCGCUACAAACUAUUUUAUAAUGUCGGGUUUUCCCUAGGAGCGAACGUUUAAAGGUGGAUGUCAUAUGAGAGAGAUACUGUUACUAGAAUUGAGUUCCCUUUCUUUGAACUACAAAUAAAAUGAACAUUAGCUUUGCUUUUUCAAAUGUGAGACAAGUUGUCCCUUUACUUUUUUUUCCAAAAAGACUUAGCCUCCUGCCCCUCACUGAUACCCCUUCAGAUAACUUCCCAUCUGAAAGAGGCAGUAAUAUCAUGUCCUGCAGCAACAGGGAAAAACCAUGAAGCAGGAGUAUCCAGGCACAGACCUCACCGAUACUUCAAAUGCACGACGGGUGUUGUUGUUCCAAAUAAGUGAAAAUGAAUAAAUGAACAAAAUAAACAAGAAAAAUAAAACAAAUGAAGCUAA